GCGUCUCUCUAGUCGAGGUCCUUUGACUUCUCCUGAGAUGUUCUUUUCUCGGGGCUACCGAUCUUUUUACUCUAUCCUAGGAACUACUAUACCACCAAAAUGCGCGUGGCAGUCAUUGGUGCCGGCCCCUCGGGCUUGGUGACGCUGAAGUACCUUAAGACAGCUCACCACUACUUCCCUGGUAAGCCUAUUGAGGCUAUGCUAUUCGAAGCAGAGUCUGGAGUUGGUGGUACUUUCUCGCAACGCGCGUAUGAGGACGCUGAGCUGGUCUCAUCCAAGUUCCUUACAGCCUUCUCCGACUUUAGGGCUCACGAUGAUGACCCUGAUUUCCUCUCCGCUGAGAGGUAUGUAGAGUACCUAAACGACUACUGCAACCACUUUAGCCUUUGGUCCGACAUCAACCUUUCUACCAAGGUCGUAGCCGUUAAGCGCCGUCCUGGUGGCGGUCACGUUAUCCACUACCGCAAGGCUAAUGAUGCCGAUGCGGAGGUCUUGACGUACGAGUGUGAAGCUGUUGCUGUCUGCACGGGCUUACACGUUACACCAAACAUCCCCGCCAUCCCAGGUAUCGAGAAAGUGCCGGUCGUCAAGCACUCGUCUGAGUUUAAGAAGCGCGAGGAGUUCGGUCGCGACAAGACCGUCGUUGUCCUCGGUUCCGGAGAGACUGGUAUAGAUAUCGCCCACCUUGCCGUGACUUCACCGACCCGACGUGUAGUCCUCACCCACCGUGAUGGUUUCCUCGGCGCUCCUAAGGUCAUUCCUAACCCCGUAUGGUUCCCUAUCCUCGGGCGUAAGGCGGACCCCAACCAUAGGGAGCUACCUGUUGAUGUCAGUUGGCAAGCCCCUUUAUUCGACUCCAUGUACUUGCACCCCCUAAUCCGGGAUACUCUCUUCACCUGGAACGUAUAUGACUGGGGUGUCAAGACCAGUAACUGGCUUGUCUCAGGUACCACGGCCGGUAUCGAUCAAUGGGUUGGAAAGAUAUCCAAGGAACGUUACCACGUAUCUAAGCUUUUCUUCAACAAGGGUGCUCCUAAGGCUCUUCCCUACAUCAGCGCACCCUACCGUCCAACCAACCCUGGCGUCGUAGAGCGCAUUCGUCGCUCAAUUCUCCAGGUGCCUACUGAGAAGGCACCCGCCGGUCGCACGAUUGAAUUAGCUCCCUGGCCUACACACGUCGAUAGCGCGGGCACAUUGCACUUCCGCGACAAUGGACGACCGGAGUACGAGCGCAUGCAAUCUCUCGGCCCCACCAAACCCGACGUUCUAAUUUUCGCCACGGGAUACCGUCAAGAGUUCCCCUUUUUCCACCACCAGGACCGAUACCCAAUGCCGAGUGACACCGAUGUUCGAUCUGUGUGGAACAGGGCGGAUCCGAGCGUAGGUUUCAUCGGAUUUGUGCGCCCCGGAUACGGCGCGAUUCCACCUCUAGCGGAACUUCAGGCGCAACUCUGGCUAUUGAAUUUAAUGACACCAGAGCGUACUGAAGGCCUGCGCGAUGAGGACGACCACCACUUCCGUCUAAGGUCGGCGCCUGGUGCACGUAUCGGAUAUGGUGUUGACCACGAGACGUACGCGUACCAGCUGGCAUACGAUAUGGGAGCCGCUCCCGGAUUCUGGGACGCAGUUAGGGCUGGUUGGUCUGCGUCGAAGUAUCGCUCGGCAUUGUGGUACCGAAUUCCGGUUAUCUGGGCGGCGGGUGCUCAGCUCAAUGCUAAGUUCCGCCUUAAGGGUCCAUAUGCUUGGGGUGGAGCUGCGCACGUUCUUGGUGGUGAACUGUGGCAAACGAUUUCGCGACGUCAUGGAAUGUUUGGUAACUUCCUUCUAGCUGUUGUUCCAAUUACUCUGAUGGGUAUUUUCAGCAUUUUCUUGUACCUCAUUGGUCUUGUUUUAUUAUUGCUGAAGGUAGUGACUUGGCCCAUUACUGCACCAUUCCGUCGCACCACUCGCACUGCUAUUAAGCUCGAGGAGGGGCGUAAGUACACCAAGGUGGAGUGUUAGAUGGGUAAACGGCGAGGAUCUCUUAAGGAACGAGAUAGUAGUGUAUCCUCAAACACAAUAUAGUGACUUUAUACACCUUCCGCUUCAGAUCUGUGACCUCCAAUCACCUGCUCUCCGAAAGAAAGAGUUUGUAGCAAUUGAGUGACUAAGCGAGUCAUUCGUCUUGUGGCAAAGUCGCGUCGAGUUAUUUAUCUUCCAUCUUAAUUAGAGGGAAAAGGGGAAGUGAAACAUUAUUCGGU